AUGCCCAAGAAAGGUUACGGAGCAAUAAAACCAGACGAAGAUGAUGAUGACCAUUCCACUCAUCCUGCGAAAUCUGCCAACUAUCUUUCACUUUUCACCUUUUGGUGGAUGAACAGCACAUUCAGAACAGGAAACAAGCGGCCAUUAAACCAAUCAGAUUUCUUGCCGUUGAACGAGGAAGACAGAACACGUGACCUAACAGAACGUCUCAAAGAUCUGUGGAAUUAUGAAGUACAUCAUUGCAGUACGACUCCUGGUGAACAACCAAAGCUAUGGAAAUGCCUUUUAAGAAUGCUGUCCUAUCGAGAAAUGAUCUUCCUUUUGUUUUUUUGGUUCCUGGAGAGCAUAUUCCUAUUGUUAGUUCCACUGGGGCUCGGGCUGCUUCUUUCGUUGUUAACGGCGACAGAACUGAAUCGACCUCUAAUAUACGGCUGCUGCUUGUUCAUUGGAAUGGCGGGCGUGUUUUCCGCCACCACACAUUACUCUGCUUUUAAAAGCGAUGUUGUGGGUAUGCGCUUUGCCGCUGCCAUCAGAGGAAUUAUUUAUAAAAAGGUGAAGUAAGAUGUCACUCAGAGACUGUUUUUGUUGUUCUUUCAUUACAAUGUCAAAAUUGUUAAACAUAAUAAUCAUCAUAAUUCAUGUAUAAAUGCCUAAAAAAUACCUUAAACCUUAAAGGGUUACCAUUUCAGGCGGAGCCUCCAUCCCGGUUCGAAAGGUAGAUCAAGGAAAGAAUAUGUAUCGACUGAAACGAACCCCCCAACCAUGAAUAGGCGAAUCCUUAUUAUGAAGCUAAUAAAAUGAAAUAUCUGAAUAUUGAAAGAGCAUACCAAUUUCAACUAUCUUUUAUUGAUUGCAUAAGACAUCUUUCUACAUCUUUCAACUUAUAAACGCUCGCUAAAGAUGACUAGGCAUAACCUCUGUACAAACUCGCCUCCCCCCCUCCCCACGCUCAGGAAAAAUCGGAGAAGGGGCGUCUGUGAUUCACUGUCACUAAUCCUCCAUUUCCGAUUUUUCCUGAGUGGAGGGAGGUCUGUACACAGGCUAACCCAGCAGGGAUGGUGAUCUUUCUACCAGGUACAGAUUUCCACCAUAUGAAAGUGACGUAAGAUUUACUGAUUGUGGCAUUUGAACUUAAUAAUAUGAUAAUAAAUACAUUUUAAUUUGCAGAUUCUUUCGCUCACUCAACAAAGCCGAAUGAAAACAACAGCGGGGAAUAUCAUGGACUUGCUAUCAAAUGAUUGUCAGAGAAUAGAAUAUGCUCCUAGAAUGACGUGUAUCUCCUUCUUCUUUGUUUUCGAUAUCGUCGUUAUAUUUUUUAUAGUAGUUUUUCUCAUGGGUUGGCAAGGACUAAUUGGAGUUGUUUUCAUGACAGCAUUACUUCCUUGUGUCUUGAUUAUCUCAGUUGCAUGUGCUAAACUACGUCGGGAAACCGCUGAAGUGUCAGAAAAGCGUAUUUCGCUAAUGAACGAACUUGUGACUGGUAUCCGUGCCCUGAAGACACAUACGUGGGAGGAAUACUAUGAAGAAAAAGUGAAGGAAGUUAGGAGGUGAGAGGGUGUCCGGUCGUCUCGCUACAGAGUACAGUCGUUUCGCAACAAGUCGUUUCGCUGCAUAAUGAAGUCGAUUUGCGGCGAAGUUGUAAAGUCGUUUCACUGCAUCAAGAAGUUGAAAACUGCUUCAAAGUUUGCUGUUGUCCAUUUAAGGUGGCUCGUACUAGUUUUCUCGCUUGGGGAGUCCAUCGCGCGCGCAUCCCACUCCACUUUGUACGCGCGAGAUAAAGAAAAACAAAAAUGGUGACGCCCGGCUUUCUUUGUGCAAGUUUUGAUACUUUCGUGUGAGGUUUCUUUUGGGUUGUUUAAAUAAAAUUCGUGUUUAUCUAAUUCUAUUUACACCGUAAAAUCCUGUUUUAACUAUAUAUUUUCAAGAAGACAAUUAUUUCUCCGCUCAAUGCGUAAGUUUAAAAAAGGAAUACUUGCAUGCGAUGUGCACUGCCAUCGAUCGUGAAAGUGAUUAGAAGACAAAUGACACUCUAAGUACUAGCAAACCUACAAAAAUAAUAAACUAGAAUACUACCACAAUUAACCACUUUUUAUCUUCCUGGCAACAAUUUCGUCGCUUGGAUCAUGUAACGCGUAACGUCCUCACAAGAACGACGAAGGAAAUUGAAAACUUUAACUUUUUCUCGGCCACUUCGCUUUGUCGCUUGAUCUUGAAAAGAGCGUCCAGAAGGCGAUGUUUCAAGUUACUAAACUUAACACUGGACGGGAAAACCUGAUAACAAUGCGUAAAUUGGACGCAUGUAAUUCUUAUCUUCUCUGCAAUGACUGUAAACAAACUCAAUGGAUGCCUGCUAGUGUACACGCAACAGCCAGCGGUAGUCAACACAGCGCAUAAGUAACCCAUGUUCUUAUAGAAUUCAGAUUUUACAAGCACGAAGACACGGGUGGGAAUUUGUGAAAUCUCGAAGUAUUUUACAAGAAAACUAGUCGGGUGACCCCCUAUUUUCAUUCCUUUAAUAUUUUGUCAGAGUUGAUGGGUUGUCAGAGUUUAUUUUUGUCAGAGUUGAACGCCAGAGAAAAAAUAAAAAAAUUCUACGGAAGGAAAUUUCUACUGAAUAAAAAUGUCCUAUUUUCAACUUUCGCAAAAAAUCCGCUCCAUGGAAUUUUUUUAAAAUCACUGUGUAUUUUCCUUUUCUAAUAUCAAAAGUUGUCGUCCAAAAAAAUUAGGGAUCAACGGCUUAGUUUUCUAGUUAUCAGUGCUGGAAGCCAAAAAGUAGGUCCAAAUAAUUCUUAAGAUACAUUGCCAAAGUACUUGCUAAUGACGAGAUAUGGUUGUUUUAAGUCAAGGAUUCACUGUAUAAUAAAACUUUACAGAAGCGCUGCCAUGGCUUUGGAUUGCUUUUUUGCUCUGUCCUUUUAAAGUAAAAACUCUGAAAAAAAAAAGGGAAACUAGUACGAGCCACCUUGAUUUUCGUUGAUUAACUCAGUGAAAUGGUGAUUAAUUCGUUAGUAUUCACCGUUUGAGGUUAAGUGUUUUUCUAACCAGUUUAUACAAAAAGUCAGUUUCAGUACCAUCCGGACAUGAUGCAGCGAAACGACUUUGCAGCGAAACAACUUGUAGAAAAACGACUUUGUAGCGAAACGACUGGCAAACGGUGAGAGAGAGCCACCUCUCUAUUAUUGAAUUCCCAUAUACUCUGGUAGGCCCCUAAAUCUAAACAAACAAUUGUUUUCAGAGAGGACCACAUAUUUCCGAGUGAAUUUGUAAACAAUAACUUGGGGGGGGUGGCAAGCAGCGUGUAUUAUGGGGAUUCGAAAAUAGUCAUCGUAUAUGGACAAUGUUUAUUAGAUAAACAGUCAUUUAGAGUACAGUUCAUUGUAAAUGGUCUUUUGGUUUAAGAUGAAAGGAUGACCUUUUAAUUUAUCCAGAAGAUAUAACAUGACACACGAGGCGUCACAAGGCUUUAUGUGGACCACUGAUUAUCUUACCUUAUAUGACGUCUUAUGUGGCCCAUAACUUAUUGCCAUUUUCCUACAACUAACAGAAUUCAUUUCGUUUUUUCUCCUUUCCUUUUGAAAUAAUUGAGGUUUUAAAUAAGCAACAAUAGCAGCCGUAAUUUUCAUAGGAAAACGACAGAUUGAAGCAUUCUGGUAGUUGUGAGUAGUACGAUAGCGUCUUCGUGCAAUUGUCUCAUUGAACAUUUUGAAACGAUUCCUGGCAAAGUAAGGCCAAAGGCCUUCCCCAGCGAGGUUUAUAUUAGCACGAGACAAUGAGACAAUGCCCAAAGAGCAUUCGAACGCUACUCUGCGAGGCAAAUAUGUCGUAAUUAUAUUUAGUUUUUCUUGUGUCAAACAAAGUAGAUUCAUCGCAUCUAUUCAAUAAUAGAUCCCAGAUGUCAAAAUAUGGCUAGAGCACUUAGUCUAGUGGCACUUGCCUGGGGCUUCUUGGCCUGAUUCUCAGACGUCCUAUGUCGAUCUCGAAUCCUUCGCUUCCUCUACCUUUUCCGAGGGGAGACGUACAAGAGAAGGGGCUGUGAACGACCUCGGACGUCUGAGAAUCAGGCUAGCGGUUUGUUUGCCCCCUUUUUGGCUUGCCGUAUUUUCACUUUCACCCCAGCGAUCAAUUACCCAAUAAACGCAUGGCAACAUAGAAUCUAUUUGUUUAGCAAACGGCAGAAUGAAUCCCCUGUUCCACGCCGUAUAUCAUUCUCUCUUACUACUGUAUUAAUAAGGUCAACAAAGAAAUUAAGGAGAAAGCCAGGGCCGAACUUUUAAGUUAAAACAACUCCCAUCGUAGCUGCAUUCUAAUUUAAAGGUCUAAAACGUUUCUUCCGGUUUCGCCAAGAACCCUUGUCGCCUCAUCUUCUUCUUUCACCUCAUAUUUAAAUACGUUCUUCCAAAAAUGACCUCAAAAAUCGAGGUUUUUAGGUACUUCACAAGGCAAACAUAUUAUCAAAACCGUGCGCGAUGGAUGAGAUGAGACAAAGAAAACAGUUUAUUUUCUGCGAAGUAAACAGACAGUGAAUGUGUACUCUGAUUUACUCAAUGAAUAUAAAUACAUUGAUCUAUCACUGUAGUAAGCACAAGGCAUUCAGUACAUUGUCACUGAAAUUGUUGAAAAAUGGUAACUAAACUAACAAAAUAUACUCCAUGUGGAUAGCAUUCUUUUUCAACACCUGAAUAACACAUAUCAUAAAUUGCUUUUAUUAAGUAAAAUGUAACAAAAUAUGUGUUCGUUUAUUUUUCAGGUCGGAGAUUUGGGUUAUUCUAAAAAAGAGUACGCUGUUGUCUUUUGUGCAGAGUGGAGAACAGACGUCAGCAAGCAUUGCGACGUUCCUAUCCAUGAUCUGUUUCGUCUUAACCGGUCAUUACAUUUCGACUUUUAAAGCGUUCACGGUUCUCGCCAUAUCAAACGUUCUUACACAGGUUGUAGUUACCAGAGUAGGAGUCUCUGCCCCAUGGUUAUUUGAAGUGUUUGCCUCUCUUGAGAGAAUAGAGUCUUUCCUUUUCGUUGACAAAUUGCCACUCGAAGACAAUCACACCUCCUCCAGUCAAGAAAGCCCUUAUAUAAAACCAGCCGCGGAGGUUAGUUUACAAAAAGAUCAUCAGACUGUUGAAACAAGCAUGGUUAAAAACCAUGAAAAGAUUACAGAUUCAGUAAACCUUUCUGUCUCAAAUCUCAGGUGCAAACUGAAUGGUUCUGGUGGAGAUUCGUUCCUUCUUCAAGACAUAAAUUUCCUCGUCCGUGAGAAAAGUCUCACCGUUAUUACGGGGCCAGUUGGUGGUGGAAAGUCAACGCUUCUGGCCGCUAUCGCGGGUGAGGUGGUUAAAACAAGUGGUAAUAUAGUCUGUCCUGGAUCUGUAGCUUAUAUGCCUCAAUCAGCUUGGGUUUUUUCUGGGACUCUUAGAGAAAACGUUCUAUUUGGUGAACCGUAUGAAGAGAAAAAAUACGCCGAAGUUUUGAAUGCGUGUGCCCUGGUUCAGGAUAUCAACAGAUUUCCAAGUGGAGAUCUUACGUUUGUUGGAGAACAUGGUGUCGUUUUGAGUGGAGGCCAGCUUGCCCGUGUCAAUCUUGCACGCGCAGUGUACGCAGAGGCAGAUGUUUAUCUGCUGGAUGAUCCUUUAAGCGCAGUGGAUGUUAAAGUAGGAAAACACAUAUUAGAACAGUGUAUCUGUAAGCUUUUACGAGACAAGAUUAAAGUACUGGUGACGUACGCCGAGAAUGGUCUGAAAGCAGCCGACCAAGUUGUUGUUCUUCAUAAGGGAUGUCUGGUAGGCCAAGGUACCUACCGUGAACUGCAAGGGGAUGAAAGAAUUUUAGAUAUCAUUCGGGCUGGUUCAAUUACCUCUGACAGCGAAGACGAGGCGAGUUCCGAAGAAAGUGAGGAAAAGGAAAGACCUCCUUUGUAUAACAAAGACGGCAUGGACAUUGUCGCCAGUGACAAUUUGGAGCUUGCCGAAGAAGAAAGAGCCACAGGAGAUAUUUCAUUUGCUUUGUACUGGAAGUACUUUAGAACUGGAAUGCAUCCCUUUGGACUUGUAUGUCUUCUUCUCUUUACUGUGUUCAGUCAAGGUAAGGUGGCCUACUAUACUAGGCUGUGUUUAAUCAAAGUCCCGGAUUGUCAAACAGGUUGAUUGUAAAUGACUAUGGUGGGGGAAUGGGGCGGGUUUGUGUUUAGGAGGGUUUGUAAACGGAGGGGUUUAUAUGGCAGUGGGGAAGCUUAUAGCUGCAGUUUACAGUACUUCAAUCAUAGGCCUCCAAAGUGCGAUUUGAGGGAAAGACCUGUCCUUAUUACUACAGUGGAACCUCGAUUUAACGAAGCGCCAAGGGACUGGCAAAAUAUGUUCGCUAUAACGAGGUUUCGUUACAUCUAGGUUCUUUUCCAUAUAUUUUUCUAUUACUGGGGUAAAGAAAAUCUUUCGUUAUAUCAAGGACAACGUUAUGGAGAGGUUCGUUAUAUCGAGGUUCCACUGUAUUACAAUACAGGAAGAAUUCACAUUUUGGGGUUGACAAACCAAUAGCCUGGUUCACAUUUGAUCUUGACGCUCUUUGCCAGUUUCGUGCAAUUCAUGCGUUUGCAUGUUUGAUAUUUUACACAAUUCGAGUAUUUAAAAACCCGGCCUGACUUUUUUUAAAUGAUUAAAAGUUUCAAAAAUCGGAGAACCGAAGAAACAAUGUAAAAAAGUCAACCACACUCUUCAUUAUUUAAUACUUCUUCAUUAAUUUUUACUAUUUUCGUUAUCUUCCUCUCUUCUCUGCAGUUGUUCUGGUGUCACCUAAUGUUUGCCUUUCCUACCUGACAAAAUCGUCUUGGAACAAACAACAAGAUCCGACUUUCAUUCACGUUUAUGUCGCUCUUAUCGUUGCUGCCGUUCUUGCUUCUACCACACGUGCCUGUCUUUUAAUUCAACUUCUACUCAGAUCAGCCCAAGCUCUCCACGACAGGAUGGUCAAAUGCCUGUUAAAAGCUCCAGUAUUGUUCUUCGACACCAAUCCUGCCGGGAGAAUACUCAACAGGUGCUCUAAAGACAUUGGCUACAUUGAUGAGAUUUUAUCCCAGACCUUUCUGGGAGUCAUUCAGUUAAUUUUCAUUGUUCUAACUGCACUGGUAUUGCCUUCAUUAAUAAUCCCUUGGUUUGUCGUCAUCACCUUACCAGUACUAGCUGCUUUCGUGUACCUGGCAAAAUAUUUUUUGAAAUCAGCGCGGGAGCUGAAGAGACUGGAGGCAAUCUCUCGUAGUCCCGUUUUCUCUCUUUUCUCGGAGACCAUGGCUGGUUUAAGCACCAUUCGCACUCGAAAGAAGGGGAACGAUUUUCUAGAGCAAUUUUACCAGUAAGUGCAUCUUUUAUUCGUCACAAAGGCCAUUCCUUUAUCCUGCUUUCAACACGAGCUUAAAAGUCUUCGCCCCCCCCAUCCCUAGCGUUCAGGCGUACGUAGCUUGUUCCAGGCUCCCGGUUGUUAUGUGUAGAGACAGUGAAAACGGAUGCGAAAAUCGUGCGGAGAACUGCGAAGAAUGCAGGCUUCGCCCCUUUCCCCAGAUCAUGAGGCACGCCCUGUUUUGCAUUCGGUCUUCUUUUGUUUUGUUUUGUUUUUUUUUUUGGCGAGGUCCCUACUAUCUGAGAGCUUGACACAGGUUUCAUCGAGCUGUUGAUAAGCGCACCCUUUUCCAAAUUUUAAGUUCGUGAAUAGUAGGGGACAGGGAAAAUCAAGCAACUUUGUUUUUAUUAUGUGCAACUGCAAAUGAUAACCGACUGAAUUGAAGAAUAGUAGCUUCUGUGUGUUCAAUGGUUACAUUUAGCUCUGCUUCAUAAAAUAAUAUCACACGAGGCUGCACAGCAGCUAAGAAAACAUUCUGACAACCUCGUCCACAGGGCGCUUUUCCCUCACCUCCAAAGCCAGGGAAAGCGCCCUGGGGACUUGGUUGACAUCUUGGGACAAAUUGUUGAAGAAGUAAUUUACUAUGAAACCGUCGAGCAGUAGGGUCAAACAAGGCUUGUCGCGUGAAGUCGGCGAAGCAUAAAACGACUCACUGUGCGACAGUGACUGAAUUUAAAAUAGAGACGAAUUAUUUGUCUGGUCUAGGACGGAUAAAUCGUUUAGAUACAAAUCCGGUGUUUAGACGUCACAGAGGUGGCUCUUGCGUGCCGUAUUUUUGACUUUUGGCCAUCAAUGGGGCAUGCGCGUACGAGGUUAUGUUUACACUAUACCAGAGAACUUUUCGUGCCGCCACAAAAGCAUUCUCGUCCCCGGAACCCGUCGUUUCUUGGUCACGUGAAUGGCACAAAAGCUAUCUGGUACAAUAGUCUUACAAUGUGAACAUUGCCUAAUUGUUAUUGGCUCCCUAGACAUCAAGAUCUACAUAAUCAAGCGUAUUACAUGGUGACAGCGAGUUCGUUUUGGUUGGCAGUUAGGGCGGACCUCUUGUGCUCUGUGUUGAUCACUGCAGUGGCUUUUACGUUCGUUCUAUACACUGAAAAUCCAGGUAAAUAACUAUACAAAAAAAAUACUUUUUAAGUGUUAAGAGAAGAGGUAUUUUGGCCAUGAAUUAAUUUCACACCCGCGGUGGCAUAUGCAAACGAGCAAUAGAUUUAAGUUUGAUAUGCAGUUAGGUCUUUGAAGAUCGGAGCAUCCCGGCCUAGUAACGUGAUUUGUCCGGCAUGGAAAAAUUUUGUUGUUUGGUAUUUACCAAGAGAAACGAACUCUUUAGAAGAGUAAUGUUGCUUAAAAGUGUGAAUACUAUAUAUUAUGGGUAGCACUUUGGCCAAGUUUGGUUGAUUUGUAUGAGAACAUCAGUUUUCGAAUAUGACGCGUUUGUUAAGGGUCUGUUUAGCAAAAUGUUUGCCAUUUUGGCGACGGUCAUUACCAUUAGAGUGUAUCAACAAACUUCAAAGAAGGAGAAAAGCCUGGUUUUGUUUACGCAUAAGAAGAAUAUUAUUUGCAGCCAAGCACAAAGCCAAACACGAAGCCAAACAAGCCAAACACAGUUUGACGACAUUGCGCAUGAGCAGACCAUUACUUGUAGGCAGUUAUCUGCAGGUCACGUGGCGGGCUUUCGGCCAAUGAAAAGGAAGAAAAAUUUGCAUCGAAUAAUAAAUCGAUUUAGUAUUGUAAUGCGGAAGGUUGUAAGCUCAAACAGGUACUUUUUUAACUUAUUGGGGAAAAAUUUGUGUCCAUAUUGCUGAGUUGUUUUUUUUUCAAUGAUUGAUUUAAGUGUUUAAACAAUCCAAAAACAGACACGCUAUAUUCGAAAAGGCUCUCAUAGAAAUCAACCAAACUUGGCCAAACUGCCAAAGUGCUACCCAUAAUGUACAGUAUUCAUACUUUUAAGCGAUUAUUCUUAAGAGUUUUAAUCCCUCGGAAAAUACCAAAUAACAAAAGUUUCCCAUGGCAACGUUGCGUUGCUAGGGACACUUUCCAAUCUUCAAAAACGUAACUGAAUAUCAAACUAGCUAUAGCUAGUUUGCAUGUAACAUUGAUAUUUCGAAAAUAUCAUGUGUAAUUGUUAUUCUUCAUGGUUGAAAAUUUGAAGCGAGGCACUUGAAAAACCUCAACAACGAGCCACUUUGAAAUAACUGAGAAUUAAAGGUCACUAUCAGUGGUUCCUCCUUUGAAAUGCAAAGGCCAUAGACCUUCGCAUGGCUCGGAUGAUUGUGACCUCGUAAAAUAAGGCUCCCGUCUCCAGUAGAAAACGUAAAAAUAGAGUCCUCAAUUAGCAACUUUAGUGCUAAACACAUUGACAUUCAAAUUUUGUAAAUUUUUUGCGGCAUGACUCACGCUUGACUGGCCACAUGCUAAUCUUGCAAAGAGAUGAAAAUCUCCCCGGGGAAAAUCUUAAGAACACUCAUUGUCCCUUAAAUGUGUCUGUUUCAACCCAUCCAAAGGCCUCGAAGGUACAAAUUGUCCGCCAAGGCUCGGAAGCUGAAGAUAAAUAUGGUAUUCAUAGACAAGUUUUUUCAAUUCAAAUUUAAUAAUGAUCACUGACAUUCUGUUAACGUUACUUUUUUUUUUGCAGCUUUUAUCGGACUUUCACUGGCAUACGCAGUUCAGACUGCCAAGAAGAGCCAAGUUGCUGUGCGACAAUUUGGAGACAUUGAAAACACGAUGACAUCUGUCGAACGAGUCCUAGCCUAUGCAAAUAUCGAAUCUGAGCCAGCUUACAAUAUCAAAACAUGUCCGCCAUAUAACUGGCCAAGCGCUGGUCACGUGAGCUUCAGAGAUGUUUCGUUAAGGUAUUACCCAGGUGGACCAAAAGUUCUAAAGAAUUUAACCUUUGAUAUUCCAGAGAAACUGAAGCUAGGAAUUGUUGGCAGAACAGGAGAUGGAAAAUCGUCCAUUGUAGCAGCAAUUCUACGCAUGCCUGAGGCUGAUGGCGAGAUAGUCAUCGAUGACGUCUCGAUCAAAAACAUUCAAUUACAAGAAUCAAGAAAAUGUAUUUCCGUUCUCAGCCAAUCGCCUGUCCUCUUAAGUGGAACCCUUAGAGAAAACCUGGAUCCUUUGGAAAAGCACGGAAAUUAUGAACUGUGGAAGGCCCUUGAAGAUGUGGAAAUGAAGGAAUUGGUGGAGAGCCUUGAGGGACAACUUGACUACGAGCUUUUGGCGAAAGGUGAGAACCUAAGUGUCGGUGAACGGCAGUUAAUUUGCUUAGCUCGCACGUUGUUACAGAAAAAUAAGAUCGUCAUCUUGGAUGAACCUACGGCUUCCGUAGAUCCCAAUACAGAAGAAAAAAUCUGGAUCACCGUGCGUGACAAACUGAAGAAUUCCACCGUCAUUACUAUAGCUCAUAGGCUGAACACUAUCAAAGACUGUGACAUAAUUUUAGUACUGAAAGAAGGCGAAGUGGCUGAGAUGGACACCCUUGAUACACUGCUUAGUCGAGAGGAUGGAAUUUUUUAUAAUAUGGCCGCUUCUCAAAAUUUAUUAUCCUCGCUGUCAUGA